AUGCCAGUUCCUUCACUCCUAAGUCUCUGUAGGAAGGCCUGCAUAAAAAAUGUUCACUCCACAGCGUUUACUGAUGUCGGAGACCUUCAAUACAACCAAAUAUCAGAUAUCCUAUCCUUCCUCAGAUCUCCGGAGCAACUUCAUCAAAUUGAGGAACAAAGCCCGCAGAUCAAAGGGCUAGAUGCCGAACUCUGGCAAAAAUUUAUCGCAAAGGAAGUUCCGAAAUGGGCGGCAAAAAAUUAUGCGCCCAAGAAUCCUCUAAAAUGGUAUGAGGUUUACAAACGUUAUAAGCGGGAACAAGCCGAAGAAAUCAAGCGGGAUGAAGAAACACUCAGGGAGACGAUGAUGGGAAUAAAAAAGGCACGCGACAAUAAUCUGUCAAAAGUCGUAGACCUUGGGAGUCUACCGAAGCUACCAAGAGAUCCAAGAAUGCUGGCCAAUAAUGGAGGAGUACCUCUGUCAAGGUCUAGUUUUAAAAAAGAGACACCAAGUACGCUGAGAUUUGCUGCAGCAAGCAAAAUCAAAAUGAAUGAUGGACAGAGUGUUCUCACUAGAGCUAGAAGAGAGGCAAAAGAAAUCGCUAAAAUGGGUAAGCUAAGCCGUCCAACGCAUCAACUAAGCAUAGGACGUGUCAGUAAAGCCCCUGCCGCGAUGGUAAAGGAAUAUCGAACAGCCAACCAGCCAGCCAUCCGGAUUCUCUCUCGUCGAAUGAAUUCUCAAACCCCCGGAAUUAAGGAUACAGCUCUUGAAGAUCGGGAAAAUCGCCUCCGAUCCUUAACUGCCGGUUCCAACGCACAUGGGGCCCAGCCAAAUUAUGUUGAUUCAGAAGACGAGUUUGAAGAGGCUGAUGAGCUAUUUAACGAUAGUCCAUCUAGCUCAGCAACUCUUAGCCAAAAAAAACAUACGCAAGCUGCUAUACUAUCUACGAAAAAGAAUACUGUCUCUAGGAUGCCAUCGAGACUCACCACUGCUACUAUUCCGAACAUAGCUGCUACACCAUCAUCCCGCGCAAUGUACCAGAGAAACCUGAGCAACCUCGCUGGAUGUAAGGUAGCUUCGUCUCCCUCGUUAGCUACCAAAAAAACCCCUCAGAAAAUGUCGAUUUCUAACAAUGACACUGGUGUCGUUGGAUCGAAGGCCUCUAUACCAUCUACUACAGCAAACGCAAAAAUUGCACUUAACAAGCGAAAUAAGCAAACAGAUAUCUUUAACCGUGGAUCGGCAAAAAGAUCCAGAUGUUAG